AUGCCUUGGAUAGAAGAGGCAGUGCAUCCGAGGCUGCGUCGAGCAACGGGCGAUGGCCCCGUGACCCAGGAGCCGCCGGGGGCGUCCGUCGCCCCGCCCACCCUCGCGGUGGCGACCACCGCUCCGCCCGAGCCGGUGGUGCCCACUCACUGGCCCCUGUUGCAUGGAGCCCUCCUCCGCGACUCCCUCCUCUGUGACUCCCUCAUCCGUUCCCCCCUUGCAGUGGUGUGCAUACUGACGCUGAGCUGCUGCUUCUGCUGCAUCCGGAGGUUCUUCAGGAAGCGGCGGGGGAAGGAUGCGAAGAAGGGGAAGGCGGCCGUGGACAUCAAGUCCGUGCAGCUUCUCGGCAACGCUUACAAGGACAAGGUUCAACCAGACACUCAGGAGCUGACAGAGCAUAUGGAAGAGGAGGAGAAAGAAGAAAAAACCGAGGCGAAGAAUCUUGGCCGACUCCAAUACCGGCUGGAGUACGACUUCAAUCAGAACACGUUGAGCGUGACGGUGAUGCAGGCGGAGGAUUUGCCUGCCCUCGACAUGGGCGGCACAUCCGACCCUUACGUCAAGGUCUACCUCCUGCCGGACAAGAAGAAGAAAUUCGAAACGAAGGUGCACCGCAAGACGCUGAAUCCUGUCUUCAACGAGACCUUUCAAUUCAAGCAAGUCCCGUACUCCGAGAUAGUUGGAAAGACGCUGGUAUUCGCCAUCUUCGACUUUGACCGUUUCUCAAAGCACGACCAGAUCGGGGAAGUGAAAGUGGCCUUGUGCCAGAUCGAUCUCGCCCAGACCAUCGAGGAAUGGAAGGAUCUCCAGAGCGUCGAGGGAGAGGGCGGACAGCGACGGUUUGAUGAUGGGGUUGUGGCUGCAGAUCCGUACGUGAAGAUUGCGCUGAUGAUGAACGGGAAGCGGCUGAAGAAGAAGAAGACGAGCAUCAAGAAGUGCACGCUGAACCCUUACUAUAACGAGUCCUUCACCUUCGAAGUUCCCUUCGAGCAGAUCCAGAAAGUGAACCUGGUGGUGACGGUGGUGGAUUACGAUCGGAUCGGGACGUCGGAGCCGAUCGGGAAGAUAGUGCUGGGAUGCAACGCCACGGGCACGGAGCUGCGUCACUGGUCGGACAUGCUCGCCUCCCCGCGUCGACCCAUCGCCCAAUGGCAUACGCUCAAGGAGCCCGAAGACGACAAGAAGGACUAAACGUCAUCCCCCGUCGUCCUGGCCCCUUCAUCCCUUUCGAUCAGGACGGGGGGAAGAAGGAGACGGUUGGGGUGAUGCGUAUCGCCGCAUGUAUAGGCCUAUCGUCACGAUGCGACCCCCCGAGUGCAGUGAGAAAGCAUGACUCGAAACGCCGGGGUGCCGUCGGACUCCAAUUCUAGUCUCCCCACGUGCUAGAGUCUGUUCCCAAGUCGUUCCAAGGUUUCUUCAAGUGCAUCUCUCUUCGAAAGGUUACUUGUGAAUACCGGUCGCGUAGGCGAAUGAAUCCGAUCUCGGGAUCGGGAUCGGUUUUAACGGAGACGGAUCUCAUUCCCCGUAGGUGUCCUUUAGGGAAUCGGCCGGUGAAAUUUCCCCCGAUGUGUUAUUCACCAAUCUAUAUCUACAGAUAUGGUUGUUAUCAAUUAUCUCGAUCGUUGUUGACUGUGAGGCCAGCCCCAGCUGGGAUCUCAGCCUGGACAGACCAAAGAAAAAGCGUUUUCUCUCACUCUUCAUAGGGCAUUCGAGCACGAUGCUUCUGUCCUUUGCCCUUCAUUCCUCUCGCACUAUUCGAUUCCAUUUUGUUAUGCGGUUUUUGCUUUUUUUUUUUAAGGCAUCUAUCGUGACUUGGCUUUUCUCGCGUGUUGUUCCGUAUGUACACUGAGAAUAAUAUAUUUGCUAUGCUCAGCACAUUGUUCAAUGAUUUGUUGAAUGUGAUAUCUUCGUGCGUAAAUUUGUUUUUGCCAGAUCUCAUAUUCUAGUGUUUUCAUGUGAGAAUGGAUGUCGGUGCAAUAUCUAUGACUGUUAUUCAUAGGAUGGAUUCUUGAUCUUUUCCCUAAUCCUGCAUCCAUAUCAGAUUUCAUCGUGUGCGUCGACUGGGCGGAACGCAGUCACAGUCGGUUUUUUUGUCGGUUCUCUGUCGGAUCGAGGGAAAUGGAACAUCAGCAGUGGAUGAAUGUUUCGUUGCCUGUCCGCAAGACUGUUCCCUAUAUCAUUCUCACCAAAUUGCCUUCGGGGAUCGCCCUAAAAACUCUUCACGGGGGGAACUCUCUUCGGACAGGAACGACGGCGUGAAUGCAGCUAGGAGAGAAAUUUUGUCAGUUCCAAAAAAAAAAACCUUUUUUAUGCGAUAGAAUAUCCCGAAUCGUGGACAGAGGAGGCACUUGCACCCUUUUUUAUGUUUUAGACGUGUUCUUCCGCUUUUCUCGUUCGAAGUCCUUUUCGCCUUUCUCCGCUUCUGCUGCCUGCCUCCGUUGUCCACGCUUCGGUCGGCAAUUCUCCGAGGAAUCUAGUGAAUCGUGGAAAGAGAGAGUUGAUUCUGUAGGGUGAUUGGGUGGAGCUGGUUCGAAUAAAACUCCGUAGACCCAGUGAA